AUGAAGCAAAUAUAGUGUGACUAAUGUUUUAACAGUUACUUAGUGGCUUUUGAGAGUGCAUCCAAGUUGUGGGCUGAGGCUUUGCAUUCGUGCGAGCGUCUGGCACACGACGGGUGCACUGCACUGAAAUCUCUUUCCUGGAGAAGAAAAGCUCAUGAGAAAGUGUGCAAGAUCAUACGUGGUCUAUGCCAGAAAUGACCCCCGGGAAGGCUGCAAAGGCAAGGGGAAGACAAGGAAGUUGACUCAACGAAUCAAGUGGCAGAAGGAUGCAAUCCUAGUGGAUGUAAAAUACAUAUUUCGUUGCACCCUGGCUGCAUAUUACUCAACAUUGCGCAUUUGAAUACGACCUGCAAGCCAGACAGUCCACGAUAUUUCGUCUGAUUAAAUGCAUUGAUUAAAGCAACAUGAAUGGCUAUUUAAUUGUUGAUUUGAAACCCAUGGAAUGAUUUAAUCUUUCACAUGACUUUAACUUAUCAAUAGGGCUGUUGAGAUCUCAUUUGUUACUGCGGGCAAUAACACUUGCGCGACUUGUCGAAAAUGUGAGCAUUUGCAUUUGAUUUCACCAAGAAGGGAAACAUGUGUCGCUGGAAUGAAGUUAACAUGAACACUUCGAAUAGUCUGCAAUGAUAGCCGGGGAAUGUGGAACGACCAUGCAUCGAAUUCUGCAGAGGAGAAAAGUGCGCAAACUUCGCUUCGUCUGGGUAUUCAUGGCCAUGGUGGCUCUGUCGCUCGCCGCCUGCAGCGCACUAUUUACGGCGUGGACCUGGAGACAGACGCUGGACCUGUCCCAGUCCGUUAAAACUCUGCAAGACCGAUUGGAGCAAGUGAACACUCAGCGUAAGGCCAUUGUCCAACUCAUCAUGGAGAAGAGAGAGUUGCUGGUGGGGCAAAGGGUGAAAAGAGAUGGGGGAACUGGGAAAGGGAAGAGUGGAAAUGGAAAGAAAGUGGCUUCUCAGUUUGAGAUAACCAAAGAGUCUGUUCAGAAAGUGGGAGCUGAUGGCUUGAUAAAAGGAUGGACGGACUCGGAGCAGUUGAAUAUGAGCAAAGCGGUGAAGUACAACACAGACAGAGGCACCUUCACAGUGGAGAGAGCUGGAGUCUACUUUCUCUACUGUCAGGUGUUGUUCAAUGAGAAUCAGUCUCAGCUGGUGAAGUUGGAAGUGGCGGUGGUGAAGAGCGGCCAGCCGCUGAAGAAGCUGCAGUGCAUGGAGGGCUAUGGGACUACGCCUGCAUCCGGAUCCCACCAGUUCCACUUUCUCAAACCCUGCCAGGUGUCUGGCCUGCUGCGACUAGAGAAGGGGGCGGAGCUACAGGCCAUCACAGGCGCCGGCUUCAGCCUCCACACCACGGGGAAGCACUACUUCAGCCUCUUCAAGGUCAACUGAGUUGCCGGAGAGGAUGGAAAUAUUGGAAGGAUGGAGGGGGCGGAACAUUUUUUGAAGGAAGCUUUUUGUCCUACUCCGACCUGUAUUAAUGAGACACACCAACGUGACAUUCCUCAUUUGUUUUAUUGUGAAAUCUGGACCAAUGAUCUGGAGCAUUGGAAUAACUAUGGAUCAUGUUCGCUACAGACACUCUGUAUCAGAGGAGGCUGGUGGGAAGAGCUAUAUGAGGACUGGCUCAUUGUCAUGGCUGGAAUGGAAUAAAUGGAACCGAGUCGAACGUGGUUUCCAUAUGUUUGAUACCGUUCCUUUUAUUUCCUUCCAGCCAUUGCAAUGAGCCUGUCCUCCUAUAGCUCCCCCCACCAGCCUCCUCUGCUCUGUAUGAUACUUCUUCAAAGACAGAAGCUGUAAGGAAGACUAUAAAGGGAUACUUAUGCACUUCUAGACUCUCCUAGCGAUUCUACCCCUGCUUUUUUAAGGAAAACUCAUGGAAUGUUGUCUGGAUCAGUUGAUGGUGCUCUUCUGGGGUGAAACUCAUCCUCCUGACUCUUAGUUCACCGUGACUUCGCCUGAGCAUAGCAGGGAACUGACCCAUGAUGCACCUCUCUGAGGCGCUAAGCUGGUGGACUACUGAAUGAGAAGGAUUCUGAGUAAUGAGCUGGAUGGAUACGUUGAACUAUGAGUCUCUCAUCCAUUGUAAUCCUUGCCCAUGUUAUCUCAGCAGUUGGGUUGUACAUGUCUUUCACACACAGGACUGUAUAAAAAAAAAACUAUCCUAUGAUCUUACCAACUUCUCUCAGUUUAGACACUCUUUAAGACUAUGCAUCUCAAUCUUUUAAACUGAAUCUCUUAACAUUAUAGGCCUAUCAUAUAUCAUUUUAGAUACAAAUAUUCAAUAUGUUCUGUCGAAUCACAUUGCAAUAUGUUACAUGAUUGUCAGUUUCAGACUGUACAUCGAAGCACUAGGGCCGGGAUUCAUUCCAAGACGCGUUAUAGAGCAACACUCUAAACAGCCGACAAUGAGUCUUUUAAAGACAUUUUCCCCAAAAUUCACGAAGAUCGCAUCCACAGUAAUCGCUGCGCAUGUUGGCUCAAGAGCAAAUUACCGUAAUUUCCGGACUAUUAAGCGCACCUGAAUAUAAGCCGCACCCACUGAAUUAAAAAAUAUAUAUUAUUUUGAACAUAAAUAAGCCGCACAUGUCUAUAAGUCGCAGGUGCCUACCGGUACAUUGAAACAAAUGAACUUUACACAGGCUUUAACGAAACACGGCUUGUAACAAAAAUAAAUAG